UGCCUCUUUUCUGACUUUGGACAAUUCUGUGUGCAGGGACAGCAGUGCAAACGCCUUCGCGCUGCCAGCUUUAAUUAAUUAACCGCUACCGGUGGUAGAUGCCAGUGUUUGCUUUAUAAAGUAAGUUGUAUCGAAUUAGAAGAGAGCAGUGAUCCGCUGUCUGCAGUCAGUGAAUGGUGAUAGCGCCUCAGGACUAGCAAGACGACAGUACAUAUGCUUUAACUCGACAACUAUAGUAUUGUGAACCCUCUCCCUCGAUAACCUGCAAUAAGUAUUCCAUGAAAAAGCACUUGUAACCAGUGCAAAACCGCGACCUUUAGGCUACUGGAUAUAUGUCACUUUGGAUCUCAGAACGGUGUAAAACCAACUGUAUACUCAGCCUCCAAGCAGCAGCAACGGCCCUAUGUUAUAUUAACACGGAUAUCUCUUGAGAACUGCAAUCUGACAUUCCUAUGCAAUGGGACCAGACUUCAAAAAGAGUUGCCUUAUAACGUUCUUUUUUGCGGCAUGUUGUUUCGCCGCUAACAGCAAACAGGACAAAAAACACGAUGCAGCACGGAAGGACCUAGUGCGUGCCUUGACAGCGCAUACGGAGGUGGCAGUGAUAGGAGAUGUAUCGCUGCGAAGGAAAAAGUCUGUCACGCUAUUUUCAAUACGGGUAGAAGACAAAAAGCAGUUGGAAAUGACCUUAGACAGAAACAACGUAAAAGUGCUAACGAGUGUGAAUUCCAGACCUUUUUUAACGAAGUUUCCCCACGGAGUGUCCAGUGCGACGUACAAUGUGAUCAUUCACCUGUGGGACCUGCAGGAGGCGACCUCUGUGGUCCAGGUGUACGUGGACUGUGUGUCAGUGGGAAGGUUCUUCACGACUGGAGGCCUGAAAGACAUACUGUUACAAAAUACGUCAACGUCAACGGCAUUUCACCGACACAUGAAUAUAGUGACAGACGACAAUGCACGAGCUAUUGUUAGAAACUGCGAACAACCACGAGCCGACAGACCGGUUGCAGACGAGAGAGAUAACUUGCUGACGUCAGCUGCAGGUAAUGGCGUGGGCGAUGCAAUUGUAUCGACAAUGGUGGAUCUCAUUAAAACAAUGCAAGAACUCCAGGCAGAUUUUCGUAUUCAGAUGAGGGAAACCCGCCAGUUGGUAUCCACUAUGGCAAACUGCUACAUGUGUAAAGCCCCCAAAACACAGCAAGAGCAGCCUCUCAUCACAUGCAAGAACAACCCUUGCUACCCGGGCGUGGCGUGUAAGGACACACCCACUGGUUUUGAGUGCGGCUCAUGUCCUCCUGGUUUCAGUGGGAACGGGAUAUCGUGCACGCGAGUCGUGGCCGGUUGUUCUACAGACCCUUGCUAUCCAGGCGUCCAAUGCCGGGAUACGCCCAAUGGAUAUCGCUGUGGCCCCUGUCCCCCAGGGUUCACAGGGGAUGGCCGGAACUGCGUGCCAGACACCAAGCCAUGUGACUCCAACCCCUGCUACCCCGGGGUCCAGUGCGAGAAUACCCCUGAUGGCGGCUUCCGAUGUGGACCAUGCCCACCGGGUCACAUAGGGAAUGGAAAGGAGUGCAAGUUUAUCAGAGGAUGCGAAUCCAAUCCGUGUGCCCCGGGAGUUGAAUGCCGGGACCUGCCAGACGGCUUCCGCUGCGGGCCCUGCCCGCCAGGAUUCACUGGAGACGGCGAAAUCUGCGUUCCUCUCGGCGCCUGCGCGUCUGGUCCAUGUUACCCAGGGGUGCAGUGUCAAGAUACACCUGAAGGCUGGUACAGGUGUGGGCCAUGUCCAAUUGGUUUCACUGGGGACGGCCUAGUGUGUGCCCCAGUGCGCGGUUGUGACAGUUCUCCGUGCUACCCAGGGGUCCAGUGCCGGGACACUAUCGAUGGUUUCGAGUGCGGCCCCUGCCCACCAGGCUACACGGGCAAUGGUGAGGUGUGUGAACCUAUUCAAGGCUGCGCGUCCAACCCAUGUCACCACCGCGUUCAGUGCCAAGACACGCCAACCCCACCAUACUACCGCUGUGGGCCCUGCCCCCCGGGCCACAUCGGGGACGGCAUCACGUGUCAUAAAGACGCCUGUCAACCAAACCCAUGUUUUGAAGGGGUGCAGUGUGUUAGUGCAGGCAAUGGAGACUACAUAUGUGGGCCCUGUCCCCCUGGUUUUACCGGUGAUGGCAAGACAUGUAAGUCUUACAGAGGAGGGUGUGACCCCAAUCCCUGCCACCCAGGGGUCCAGUGCCAGGAGACCCCCUUCGGCUACAGGUGUGGCCAGUGCCCGCCUGGGUUCAGCGGAGACGGAGAGACCUGUUUGCCGUACCGAGGCGGGUGUGAGAACAGCCCAUGUUACCCUGGGGUACAGUGUUUGGACACGCCCAGUGGGUACCUUUGUGGUCCCUGCCCACCAGGUUAUACCGGGGACGGAGUGAGCUGUAACAGGUUCAUCACAUGUAAUGAUAGACCAUGCUUCGACGGCUUAAAUCCUAAAGGUUUUCGGUUUAAACUGGCUAUAACACGCGUCCAGUGUCGUGACGGUGUAGACGGGUUCGAGUGUGGACCCUGCCCACCUGGCUAUACAGGGGACGGCCAGGGCACAGGGGGAUGCGUGGCCAUCCCUAAACGGGAGACGUGUGAGAUGCAGCCAUGUUUCCCCGGGGUGCCCUGUGUGGACAUUGACACCGGGGUCCAGUGUGGACCGUGUCCUGAAGGUUACCGUGGUGACGGCAUCACGUGCGAGGAUAUCGAUGAGUGUGUGGAAGGGGACCCGUGUGACCCUCUGACACGCUGUGUUAACAAAUCCCCGGGGUACGAAUGUGAAGCGUGUCCUCCUGGCUACCGAGGGGACGCUGUCUCUGGAGUUGGACUGGAGUUUGCUAAAAACAACAAACAGGUAUGUGUAGAUAUUAACGAGUGUGUGGAGGGAGAUCCAUGUGCCCCUGGAGUGCGCUGCGUCAACUUAGAGCCUGGUUACCAGUGUGAGGCCUGUCCCCCGGGAUUCAGGGGGGAUGCAGUCAGAGGAGUGGGGCUCGAGUUUGCUAAAAACAAUAAACAGAUAUGUGUAGACAUUAACGAGUGUGUGGAGGGAGAUCCGUGUGCUCCCGGAGUGCGCUGUGUCAACUUAGAGCCUGGUUACCAGUGUGAGGCCUGUCCCCCGGGAUUCAGGGGAGAUGCAGUCAGGGGAGUGGGGCUCGAGUUUGCUAAAAACAAUAAACAGAUAUGUGUAGACAUAAACGAGUGUGUGGAGGGAGAUCCGUGUGCCCCGGGAACGCGCUGUGUCAACUUAGAGCCUGGUUACCAGUGUGAGGCCUGCCCCCCGGGAUUCAGGGGGGAUGCAGUAGGGGGAGUAGGGCUUGAUUUUGCUAAUAACAACAAGCAGGUUUGUGUAGACAUUAACGAGUGUGUGGAGGGAGAUCCGUGUGCUCCUGGAGUACGCUGUGUCAACUUAGAGCCUGGUUACCAGUGUGAGGCCUGUCCCCCGGGAUUCAGGGGGGAUGCAGUCAGGGGAGUGGGACUGGAGUUUGCUAAAAACAAUAAACAGGUGUGUGUUGAUAUUGAUGAGUGUGUGGAAGGGGACCCGUGUGAUCCUCUGACACGCUGUGUUAACAAAUCCCCGGGGUACGAAUGUGAAGCGUGUCCUCCAGGCUACCGAGGGGACGCUGUCUCUGGAAUUGGACUCGAGUUUGCUAAAAAUAAUAAACAGGUUUGUGUUGAUAUUGAUGAGUGCCUGGAAGCCUCUCCCUGCGAUACGUUAACACGCUGUACUAACCUGAUGGGCGGGUACGAGUGCAGUGCAUGCCCACCUGGCUUUUCAGGAGAUGCCGUCAGCGGGGCGGGGCUGGAGUUUGCCAAUGCCAACAAACAGGUGUGCGCUGACAUCAAUGAGUGUGAAGACGGUAACAACGGCGGGUGCACUCUCCAUUCUGAAUGUAUCAACACGAUUGGGUCUUAUGAAUGUGGAGAAUGCGAAGAAGGUUUCGUUGGUAACCAGACGUACGGUUGUGUUAAAUACUGCGACGACAAAAAGACAGUAUGUCACUCUAAGGCCAAGUGUGUCAGGAAACAGACCGGAGAAGACGGCUACCUGUGUGAGUGUGGAAUUGGCUGGGCAGGCAAUGGUGAAAUCUGCGGAAGAGACAAAGAUUUAGAUAAUAGACCAGAUGAAGAACUGCCAUGUCCUGAAAAAACGUGUAGAAAAGAUAACUGUCCAAAUGUCCCAAAUGGUGGCCAAACAGACUCCGACGGUGAUGGUUUGGGGGAUGCCUGUGAUCCAGACAUUGACAAUGACGGAAUACCAAACAGGCCGGUAAGUCAGUGAGAGAGAGAGAGAGAG